AUGGCCGUUUUGGCUCAAAGGCCUAGUUCACUCCGCAGCCGCCAUGGUGGUCUAGAUGGGGUGAGUCAUGACUGGCCAGAUGAAGCUUUUGUUGGAUCGCGUGCGACGACGCUGGGCCCCUUGCAGUGGGGAGGACGCCAAGAUCGCAUCGCCACGCAAAGAGGCUGGGCACCAAGCAAGAGCUGCAAAGAGCUGCAGGAUCCGUUUCUGAUGCCUGGCAAUGGCUGCUAUUUGGCAGGCUUCAAUGGAACUUUCCCAGAGGUUCCCUGCGGCUGGGAGGAGAUUGAGCCACCCCUGUGUGGGGCCGUGGAACAACUAGCCAAGCAGAACAAGGACCUGGCCAGGUACCUCUUCAACAAUGUGAAGGUCUGCGUGCAAUGCCUCCGUGCGUGCGCCUACUCCCAGAAAGCCUGUCAAGCUUGUGGUACCCCUUUGGAAACAGUACCUGUGACUCAAACCGAGAAUGUGCUGAUGGGUUUCAUUUUUGGGGUAGAGAAGACCUCCAAGUUUUCCUUGGUCAUUUCCUUGCGGCGACAGACGGUCGAUGCUAUUGUUUAUGAUGACUUGCUUGCAAUGUCUUCCUGCCACCUGAAUGCGCUCCCAACUAAUCACUACGUGGCGGACUGGAUUUGGCUGCUCAGGGACCCCACGGGAGCGAAGCAACUCAUUGAUACUCUCGUGCAGGAGGCAUGGGAAGCUACACGCUCUUUCUUGGACAAUGCCGAGUGGCGACGCUUCAUUUACAAAGAGGGCGUUACGGAGGAGAUGAUCCGUCAGAACAUCAUGUGUGGUUUCAAUAGCCCACCAUCUCAAUCUCAGCUGCACCUUCAAUGGAUCGUGCUGCCGCUCCUGCCUUUCCACCAUCAAAAAUUGUUGGACCGCACUCAUGCGCAAAAAGGGCGUUGGUUUCCGCUGGAAUAUGUCCUGCCCAUCCUGGACCACUUGGAACAGGCGGGCGAAGUAUUUGAAGUGAAUGGUCAGACUUCAGCCGAAGAUGUCAUCAAGCACUUCAACGGAAAGGGAAUCGUCUAUGAUCACAUUUGGGAGCAGAGUUAUGCCAGGUACUGUGCCAGCUAUGCUGCUGUUGCAAAUUGGAAUCCUCAGGCCUGGAGACGUUGCUAUACAAGCACGGAAGGGAGGAACAAAAAGCUUUGA